AUAAUUGGGCCAUUUUGAAAUGAUUAUUAUUAUUUAUAGCAUAUCGGUCUCUUGAACCCCACACAUUAUGGAAGUGGUCAAUGUCAACAGACUGACCGAGUCCAUGUGCGAAGGAGCGCUCGAUAUCUGAAGGCACCUCCUUCUUGCGCCUCAGGUUUGGUUGAUAAACCUCAGCUCCUCAAACCACCAGUUACUCCUGCACAGAAGAGAACAGUGCAUCUGAGAGCGCCGUGUCGAGCUACAGUCACGGAGACGGGAUUUGCGCCUGUCACACACGGUCUCCCAGAUCAACAGUUCUGCACUAUGCAAGAAAACAAGAUGAGACAACUUCGGAACUAAAAGAAAAUUGGUGUUGGGAAGGAGCAGCCUUACGCUGGACAAUUCCACUUCAUUUCCUCGCCUCCCUGGAGAAUAAGCCAGACAGAGCGGUCAUCAUUCAUUUCAAGAGAUACUACAGCAACUGACGGCAAUGGAGCGGUCUCAUCUGAACAACAGCUCCGGCUCUUGGUUAUUGGAGGAUCCCGUCUGUCCAACCUCCCUAAGCAGCACCACUUUCCUCAUCGUAGCAUACAGCACCAUGUUAGCAGUGGGCCUGGUGGGCAACACUUGCCUGGUUUUAGUCAUCACACGACAAAAGGAGAUGCGCAAUGUGACCAACAUCUUCAUCGUCAAUCUCUCAUGCUCUGAUAUCCUUGUUUGCUUGGUGUGUUUACCGGUCACCAUUAUCUACACCCUUAUGGAUCGAUGGAUUUUGGGCGAGGCUUUGUGUAAGGUGACGCCGUUCGUUCAGUGUAUGUCUGUAACGGUUUCAAUAUUCUCCAUGGUUCUCAUUGCCUUGGAAAGGCACCAGCUUAUCAUCCAUCCCACCGGUUGGAAACCAGUCGUCAGACACUCCUACCUGGCUGUCGCGGUUAUCUGGAUCGUAGCAUGUUUUAUCUCCCUUCCGUUCCUGUCUUUCAACAUCCUCACAAACUCACCCUUCCACAACCUCAGUCUUCCCUUCAACCCCUUCAGCGAUCACUUCAUCUGCAUUGAACAAUGGCCAUCUGAGGGCAAUCGGCUCACUUAUACCACAACGCUGCUGCUGUGCCAGUACUGCUUACCAUUGGCGCUCAUUCUCGUCUUUUAUUUCCGCAUAUUUUUGCGUCUGAGUCGCCGUAAAGACAUAGUCGAAAGGGCUCGAGGUGGGCGGCAGAAGAAGACCAAAGGCUCAAAGCGAGUCAACGCUAUGCUAGCCUCGAUUGUAGCAGCAUUCGCCCUCUGUUGGCUGCCACUGAAUGUUUUCAACACGAUUUUUGACUGGAACCACGAAGCAAUUCCAGUCUGCCAGCACGACGCCAUUUUCUCGGCAUGUCACCUCACCGCCAUGGCAUCGACCUGUGUGAACCCAGUGAUCUAUGGGUUCCUAAACAAUAACUUCCAGAAGGAGCUUAAAUCAUUGCUUUCCAGGUGCCGCUGCUGGGGUCCGCCCGAGAGUUACGAGAGUUUUCCUUUGUCCACUGUCAGUACAGGCAUUACUAAGGGGUCUAUCCUGAGCAAUGGCUCUGCUAGCACCUAUCAACCACACAAGAAACACAGUUUGGAACAGAAAGAGAGCAUUUAAAUGUGUCGGAAGUACUAUAAGGCAAUGCACCUACCUACAUUUCAAGCAUUCAGAGGUGGCUCGAGAGCACCGCCAGUCAAUCAGUGCAAGAUUCGUGACUGAAUUUGAGGUUUGGACAGACAAAAUCUGUGACAUUCCAAGUUCUCGUUGCUAAAAGAUGUCCACUUGUCUUCUUUAAACACAGAAAUGGACUGAAACAUAUUAAGGAAAGGCUUAUUGUAGCUGGGCUCUGCAGAGGAGAACCAUGUAAUGAGAAAUAUCAUUGCAAAUUGCGUUGCUAUUUUAACCACUGCUAAAAUGACUGUGGCCAAUUAAACAUGCUGGUUUUGUGGUCAUUAUAUGGUGAGUUCUCAAUGGCACAGAAAGCCAUUUUUGCCAAUUAGAGCAAGGUUCUCUCUGAGAGACAUUAUAAUCAAAUACUGAGCGGAGGAGGCCUUUUCUUGUCAUAGUCUUUUUCCAAGUUAUGCCUAUGGAAGGAAUAAGUGACUUGGUAACAAAAAAAAAAAAAAGAAGAAGAAAUGGACUACUUUGGUUCUUUUCACUAUUAAAGUAAUAGUUCGCCUAAAAAUAAGCAUUCUGUCAUCAUAACUCAUGUUCUUCCAAACCUGUGACUUUCUUUCUGCCAUGGAACACAAAAGCACCAUAAAUUAUCACAAAACUGCAUAUGACUUGUGUGCUUUAUUCCAAGUCUUCUGAAAUAGCCUUGACAUGGAAUUCGUGUCAUUUUUAACUGAAAAUCUUCCUGCAGUAAGCUUUUAAUUACUUGGUAUGAAUCAGUGAAUUGAUUGAAUUGAACUGCAAAUGGAUCAAUCAGACUGCCAUUUUGAUCAACUGAUUCAUUGUAAACAUCUGACUCAAAAAUAAUGAUUCAGUCUCAAAUGAACAUAGUAUGGCUUCAAAAAACAUGAAAUAUAGCACAUGACUCAUAUAGACUACUUUUAGCAUUUUGUCAUUCUUUUUGAAGUUUGAAAGCUUUGGUUGCUAUUUGUUGUAAUUGCAUGGAAAAGACCAACCUUUUGUGUUUCACCAAGAAAAGAAAGUUAUACCAAUUUGGAACGACGUGAAGGUGAGUAUAUUAUUGUUAAAUAUUUCUUUAAAGGAAGUUACAGAACUAGCAAAAACAUAUUUAAUGAUUAUAUGUAAUAGUUAUUAUACAACAUUAUAAGCACAUUCUGUCAUUGAUUAGUAGUAGAAUGUCUGCUAUUUCAAACUGGUAUGUACAAUAAUUUACACAUUUUGUUGCUCUGUGUGACAGGUGUAAUUUGUUUUACUGAUCUAAAUGUUAGUCAAUAUAAACACACUGUGUCCUUCGCGGAGUGGCUUUAUUUGCCAAAGCUAUCCAAGUGAAUUAUAGAUUCAGUUCUUCAUUUGCACUUUCACUGGACUGCAUGUUGUAAGUAGCAUUUGUAAAAAAAAAAUAUAUAUAUAUAUGUUUAUGUGGUCAAAACAUAAUUUAGUUAUUAGAAUAAUAACACUUUGAAACACUUUGCAAAUGUCAGAUGUUUAUUAACUUGUAUGAAAUGAUCAGUCAACUUAAUUUGAAGUUUCUGAUCUAGUAUUCCCAUCACUGAUUUAGUAUUAAGUUAGAUUAUGUUUCCACUUAAUUAAGUAUACUCUUGUGAACAAGAAGUGUGCUUAAUUGUAUUGAAUGUGAGCUUGCAGUGUUCUUAAAAUAUUCAGAGUAUACUAAAAAACUGUACUUGCAGAUAAUAUGUUACUGAUGAAAUAAAAACCACUUAAGUGUACUUAAAAAGAGUUCACUUUCAUGACUAUAUUUCUUAAUGCACUUAAAUACACUUGUAAAAAGUGCAUUCUGUAAAAAUAUUCCAAUUUAAAAGUUCAUUUUAAAUAUUGUUUUACAUUUUUUUUUUGCACAUUUUGAUGUGUUCACUAACAUAAUAAAGCACAUAAAGUACUUGUCUAUAAUUUUAAAGGUAGUGUUAUUAAAUGUUAUAUUUCAAGUUUGUAUAUUUUAAAUGUUCUAAAUUGCAAGUUCAUUGUUACUAAUAUAUAAUUACAAAUAUAUUACAUACAAGUUUCUGUAGGGAUGACAUUAAAGUAUGUUUCAAUUAUGAAAUUACAUAUAAAGAUAUGUUUAAGUCCUACUUAAAAGUACUUUUAUAAAUAAUUGCAUUUAAUAUAAAUAUUAUUUAAUUGCAAUGACCAUGCAAUUAACUUAAGUACACAUUCAGUUCACGCUUAAGUAUAUGGUUUUAAAAUAUUAUUCCUGUUCUUAUAGCUGUAUGUUAAAGUGUACUUCUUUUUAACAAGGGUAUACUUCAACAUCAAUCAUUAUACACAUAAAUAUCUUGCCAUCCUUAUGUUUCUUUACUUUUUUCUUGUGGCAUGUUUGUUAAAACAAUGUACAGGGUUAUGUGUCACUGUACAUCCACUGUCCCAACUGACAAACUCAUUUUUGCAGUUCUCCUCAUAAUCUGUAUUUUGGUGACAUAAUGCCACAUAAGCUACUAAAAAGUAGUUUGCUGUGAAGGUUUUGCGAAAGGACACAUAAAAGACACAACAAAUACAUGACAAACACGACACCCUAUGGCACAAACUCAUGCAAUGAAGGCUAUGAAGUUACAGGUCCACGUAAGUGCAUCAUUUAAGACAGGGCCUGAGUUCUCACUGAUAAUAUAUAGCUUGAUAUUAAUUGAUUAUUUUACAGUUAAAUCCUCAGACUGCUGACACACUGCUCUUCUGAUUUAUUAAGCAAUGCACUCGUCAAAACAUAGCACUGAUAGCACAUUGACUAUAUAGCGUUUGUUCACUCCUGACACUGUAUAGCUGUAAGUUUAUUCUUAUUGACUGAAUUGAUUUUGUUUUGCUGAAAUGGUCCAUGAUGGUUUUAGGGCCUGACUGAAUGGGGAAAUUUAUGUUUUAACUAUACAAGCUUGAGUUUCCCAAAAGCAGGUUGCAUCGAGAGUGAAAGGCAUUAAUGUGUUGCCAUAAAAAACAUCGUAGCCAUUCACCUGGAAAAGUUAAACAUUCAGACACCAUUUACAAAGAUAUUUAUGGUGUGAUACAGUGUAUUUCAGAAGCGUCGGUAGUUCUCCUCUCUCUGUUUUUCACAUAUUGGAGGGCCAGUUAUUGACUGGACAGCCUGCUAUGUGGAAAAGCUAUAUUCCAGCAAUACACCUUUAGAAAAUUGCUUUGAGGUAUUUAUGUGAAUCAAUACUUUUUUCUCAUUUUCUUUUCUAUUUUGCUGGCCACAAUGAGUGGAGUGUGCCUGAGGUCAGCUGGCUGUUUAGCAUAAAGCUGAUAUCUGGACUGCUCGCAAUAAAGCAUUUACAAUAGACCUUCCAUAAAUACACAUAAAGUCACAUAUGGCAAAUUUCCAUUCAUGAGGCUGAAAUAUACAGUAUAAAAUCGCUGUUUACAAACCCAGUGAAGUAUUUGAAAAAUCUCCUGGACACAUUGCAGCUCCCAACACUAUAUAAAUUAUACACAAAUGUACUGUUGAUUAUGUUAUUGAGCAUUCACAUGUAAAUCUUUAUAAUUUGCUGUUCAGGACAAAUGAAUGUGCCAUACAGAAAUUAGUGUCAUCAUUUAUUUACUGUAUAUAUUUCAGAACUAUUUAAUAUACUCGACUUGAUUUAUUGUCUUAGUAGUUUGUACAUGACCCAGAAUCAAUGAAAGACUAAAUUAUUUGACUCAUUAUAGACUCAUAAGAAGAACCAAGAAUUAUGAGUAUCACCAUUUUCUAGUUAAGAAAAUGUAAUUAAAAUACUACUUUAAAUGCUUUGUUUUGUGAAGAAUUCAGAUGGCCAUCUAAUAAAGGAUCAGCAGAAAUAUCCUCAACAGUGUAGUCAUUUGUACAUUAUUCAUCAUGUCAUUGGAUAUUUGGUAAUGAUGUACAUAUAAAGUGGACCAAAGUUUAUGUUGAACUUAUGUUGAUGUUUUUGCUCAAUUCAUGAAUGUACUUUCAUGUAUAUUAAAAUGUUAAUCCUC